GCCGGCGGGAUGAACAUGUACGGGCGAGCCAUCGGCAUUUACGCGACGCUCAAGGCGGCCGGCGUCGCGUACGCGGAGGCCGGGCCGAACGCCCGGCCAGAGCUCAGCUCCUUUGCUCCGCCCGCCGUCGACUUGGGCGAUGGCGUAGUCGUGGGCCAGGCGCCGGCUUGUCUGACUGCGCUGGGCGAAAAGUUCAACUUAGGCGGCGCGACCUUUGCGGAGAAGGCGAGAGUGCAGCAGGCAAUGCUCGACUUUAAUGACAUCUUCGGCGAGCACGCCAAGUUUGUGGACGACAAGGAACGCAAGGACAAGUGGUUCUCAUACCUCGACAAGAAGAUUGCCGCUGGCGGCACGGGCUGGGCCGCCGGCACCGCGUCCCCGACGAUUGCCGACUUCCACGGCGUGUUUGCUUUCGAGUGGGUGGUCAAGAAGCAGAUCGACUUUUCGGAGUACAAGAGCCUGACGGCCUGGUGGGACAAGAUCAAGGCCUUCCCCGCCGUGAAUGAGCUCUAUGCCUCGUGCGUCGACGGGCGGACGAUGAUUCCCUGAUCGCACGCGUCCGCACGCUAGCAAAUGCCUUUCGUUUGCAUUGGUCGCGGUUCCAGGUUUCGGGCUCCUUGCCGUCGCUAGCUCU